AUUUUUAAAGUUGGAACUUGGAAGUUAAGAGACGAGUGGAACACUGCAGGUUUUAUCUGUAUCACAACUUACAAAUCCGGUGAAUUUGUGUUUAGCGAUUAUUCAGAUUUCCUCUCGAAGUGGAAAAACUCUCGACUCGAUUCAUUCUCUCCGUUGGAUUUUGUCCAGGCCCGGCUAUUUGAAAACAAUCAGGACUGAAUUUAUCAACCAGGAUGAUGGACGGCGUGGAUGAUGAGAGUGAAUCUCUCUUGAACUCUGCUAAUCAGAGAGAUGGCAGGUCUGAAACUGUAGAUCUAAACGAUAAUGCCUUAUUUGUUGAUAUAUCCGAUGCCCUGAGUGAAAAAGAAAAAGUCAAAUUUACUGUACACACAAAAACGACACUUCGUGAAUUUCAAAAGACCGAUUUCACUGUAGUUAGGCAACAUGAAGAAUUUGUUUGGCUCUAUGACAGGUUUGAGGAAAACCCUGAGUAUUCUGGGUACAUUAUCCCUCCAGCACCACCACGGCCAGAUUUCGAUGCGUCAAGGGAAAAGUUGCAAAAAUUGGGUGAGGGCGAGGGCACAAUUACAAAAGAAGAAUAUGCAAAAAUGAAACAGGAACUCGAAGCGGAAUACUUAGCUACGUUUAAAAAGACAGUAGCAAUGCAUGAAGUUUUCCUAUGCAGAUUAGCCGCUCAUCCUGUCUUUCGGACUGACCACAAAUUCAGAGUAUUUCUGGAAUAUGAACAUGAUUUGGCUGUUAAGUCGAAAAAUAAAAUGGAUAUGAUUGAGGGAUUUAUGAAAUCAUUAACUAAAUCAACUGAUGAAAUGCUUUUAUCUGCAACUGUAAAAGAUGUAAAUGAGUUUUUUGAACAUGAAAAGAACUUUUUAGUUCAAUACCACAAUCACUUGAAAGAUGCAACUGCAAAAGCAGAUAGAAUGACAGCCAAGCAUAAAGAUGUUGCUGACAUUUUCAUAAAGAUAUCAAUGGCUCUUAUGCAAAUUGCGACUACUGAGCAUUCUGAUCUAGAAAAAUUCUUAACAAAAGUAGCUGAAACCUUUGAAAAAUUAAGGAAAACAGAGGCAAGAGUUGCUUCUGAUGAAGAUCUCAAACUAUCAGAUACUCUACGCUACUACAUGAGAGAUACUUUUGCGGCAAAACGCCUCUUAUACAAAAGAUUGAGAUGCUUGGCUGAUUAUGAAGCUGCAAAUAGAAAUUUAGAAAAAGCGAGAGCAAAAAACAAAGACAUUUUGGCAGCUGAAGCUGCACAGCAAGAAGCAUGUGAACUUUUUGAACAGAUGUCUGAUAAAGGGAAAGAAGAACUUGUUGAUUUUAAAUCACGCCGAGUUGCGUUUUUCCGGAAAAAUCUUAUAGAUCUGGCAGAGCUUGAAAUCAAACAUGCGAAGUCUCAAGUUCAAAUACUGAAAACGUGCAUAUCGUCACUCAAAGCAGAGGAGUGACAACAGAUCGGUUCUUAUGAUUGAGCAAUAUGACAAUAAACAUCUCAACGAUCGUUGUGAGGGAUCCUGCUGUCCUAUAACAAGCAGAUUUGGUACAUUCCAUUAUAUUCAUUCUCAUAAUUGAUUAUAAAUCUAAAAAUCCUAUUAUUGUGAUUGUAAUUGUAAUUAUUGAACAGUUAUAAAAUAUUUACUAUUCUUUAUAAUCAUACUCUCUGUGUAUAUGGAUUGUAUUUAAAAUUAUUAUUAUUAUUAUGAAUGUAUCCAUAAUCAGGAAAAGUAAUAUGGAGUUUAUUUAAUGGCUCGCUCAUGCAAUACAAAUUAAUUUUCAUUUUU